UCUCAGGUUGGAAGACACAUUAAUCUAUAGCAGUGAAGAAUUCAUGAAACAGUUUGUUGCUUUGAGAGGAAAAAUUUGUGCAAUCAAUGAGUAGAAAAGUCAUCAACAAACAUCGGUGAAUCGAUUACUGUUUAGAAAAGGAAGAAUUUUGAUUGCGAAUGCCCGACGGGCCGAUGGAACGUUUCCUGACACGGCGUUCAGUAGCCGUUCUUACGGGCAGUUUGGCAUUCGCCGUUAUGUACUGGUACAUAAGACGACAGCAAAGUUUGAAAUGUGGAAGCAGAAAUAGAAAGGUGAAUGCAAAGUCAUGCAAUCAGAAGAGCUUUGACGUUCUGAAAGAGAAUAGAUCAAAUUCAAAGGAAAACAUCGCAUCAGCGAUGAAGCUGAAUGACGAUAUUAUGGAUGUGAUGCCGAGCGAUAACGUUGGAGAUGCUGAACUGGAUGGUAACCAGUUUGAUGGAAAACUCAGUGAUGACGUGUUAGUUGCCGUGUUGGAUAAUGAUGUGACAGAUGCAAACGAUAUACCUGUUUUAGAAGGCUUAAGUAAUAGUUUACCAGAAUCAGAGAGAAGUCCAAUUGACAACUUACCUCACUCAGAUAAAAUUUUGGUUGCCAAUGAAGAAGAAAAUUUGGAAUCUACGUCGGUUUGGAUGGAAUCGGAAACUAAAGUAGGAAGUAUUUGUAGUAGGAGAAAAGGCGAAAAUACUAUCGACAAGCAGACUUCCGAUCCGAACAUUAUUGAAUACAGGCCUCUAAAUACACCGAGUAGUGAGCGUUAUGCACUUGAAGAAGAAUUGCGAGGGCAUUUUGCUCCUGUUCCCUCUACCAAUUAA